UGACGUCACGCGUCCGCCGGAAGUCUCCCGGGGGUGCCGGCUUGGUGCUGGUGCAGUUGGUGGAGCCUGGGGUCGGAUCCGACCUCCUGAAGGAACCAUGUGUCCUGCAGUUUUGAUUGCUGCCUGUUGUACCAGGAGCACACCACUGCCGAAGCGGAUCUGCUAUCUUAAUUAUCUGUGAAUUUUUGGAAAGAGGAAUGCCAGAGCUGCCGACUGAAAGAGCAUAAAAUCAAUAGAAAUAUGUAGGCGGGAGACGUUGAAUUACUUCACGACCCCCAGGAUGGACUUCCUGGUUCUCUUCUUGUUCUACCUGGUGUUCAUGCUGAUUAGUGUUGUUAUGAUCUGCAUCUGCUCCAAAACCCAUCGUUUGAAAGGUCUGGUUCAAGGAGGAGCACAGAUAUGGUCCUGUAUAAUUCCAGAAUGCAUUCAGAGAGCUGUGAGAAAAUUGCUUCAUUACCUCUUCCAUACACGCAACUAUGCCUUCAUUAUCCUGCACCUGGUCUUGCAAGGGACAGUUUAUACUGAGUAUACUUGGGAAAUAUUUGGCUACUGUCAAGAGCUGGAAUUCUCUUUGUAUUACCUUCUUCUGCCUUAUCUGUUGCUGAUUAUAUGCCUGAUUUUCUUCACCCUAACUUGUUUGACCAAUCCUGGCACCAUAACAAAAGCAAAUGAAUUACUGUUUCUUCAAGUUUAUGAAUUUGAUGAAGUUAUGUUUCCAAAGAAUGCCAGGUGUUCUACUUGUGACUUAAAGAAACCAGCUCGAUCCAAGCACUGCAGUGUGUGUAACUGGUGUGUGCACCGUUUUGACCAUCACUGUGUUUGGGUGAACAACUGUAUAGGGGCCUGGAAUACCAGGUACUUCCUCAUCUACCUCUUGACAUUGACUGCAUCAGCUGCCACCAUGGCCAUUGUGAGCACCAUGUUUCUGGUCCAUCUGGUGAUAGUGUCAGAUCUAUACCAGGAAACUUACAUUGAUGACCUUGGACAUCCCCAGUCUAUGGACAUAGUCUUUCUUAUUCAGUACCUGUUCCUGACAUUUCCAAGGAUUGUCUUCUUGCUGGGCUUUGUCAUGGUGCUGAGCCUCCUUCUAGGGGGCUACCUAUGCUUUGUUCUGUACCUGGCAGCCACCAACCAGACUACAAAUGAGUGGUACAAAGGUGACUGGGCCUGGUGCCAACUCUGUCCUGUUGUGGUCAGGCCCCCAUCGGCAGAGCCCCAAGUCUACGAGAACAUUCAUUCCCAUGGGCUUUGGAGGAACCUUCGAGAGAUCUUUCUACCAACUAUUCCAUAUUCUGAGAGAAAGAAGAAAUAAGAAUGGAAAGAGUGUUACUGCCUUUUAAAUGUAGUAUACAUUUAUUUAUACAUAUGGAUACUUAUUUUCUCAGCA